UCAAGCAAAUCCAUGCACAAUUAUUGAUCUCUGCCCUUGUUUCCAGUGACUUAUCUCCAAAGUUUCAAACUUUAUCAGUAAUCAUGUCACUGAGGUUCAUUACCGCUGCAAUUACUUGAAGCAAUUUGAUUGGAGCUUGAAGCAAUUUGAUUGGAGCUUGAAGCAAGUACAGUGCUUGCAAGGUGUUUGAUGAAAUGCCUAUGAGAGAUGUGGUGUCUUAGACAGUUAGACUGGUUUGAUAUCGAGGAAUGUGAAGGCUGGGUUGUUUGAAGAAGCCCUUGCAUUGUUUUUGAGAAUGAAUGUUGAGCUUAAUGUGGCAACUAUUGUUGGCAUGCUCGGUGCUUGUGCGAAACUGGGUCGGUUAGAGGUAGGCAAUGCUGUGAUGGAUAUGUGUAUGAAGUGUGAGUCUGUUGAAGAUGCAAGGCAUCAGGUUUUUAUUAUCGCAGAUGGGUCCAUGAAUACAUUGAUGGAAGCCAAAUCAAACAGGAUGUAUAGAGAUGGCGCAGAAUGCAAUAAAUGGACGUGGACAAGAAUUCAAGAAGCAUUGAAACAAUUUGCAGAGUUGAUUGAAUCCGGCACGAGGUCUAAUGAGGUCAUAUUUUUGGCCAUUUUCACAGCUUGCUGCCAUUCUGGCUUGGUCGACGAAGGUUGUAGGCUUUUCAAUCAGAUGACAGAUGAAGAAGAAAGGAAUAACCAAGGCUCCAGGUUCUAGUAUUAUAAGAGUGGAUGGAAAGAGCCAUAAAUUUUUAGUUGCAGAUAGUAAACAUUCUCAAAGUGAGGGUAUUAGUGGUUAAAAGUUAAAACCAAUUUUUCAAAUGCUAAACUAGUUUUUUUUUCCCUAUAUAAACUAAUUUAAAUUGGUCCACCAUAUUAUUAACCAGUUUAAAACCAAUUUACUAUACAAAAUAGUCAUUUAGUGUAGUUUCUAAACUAUUUAUAGUGAUUUGGUGCUUCAGUUUGUGAUUAUAGCAUGAUCACUCUUAAUCUUAAUAAUACGGAUAUUGAUUGUAAUAUUUAGUAGUGAAGUUAGAGAGAUUUUGGUAUUUUGGAA